GCUCAGCUCAGCCCACAGCACUGAUGCACCGAAGCCUCCUAUUUCUGGAGACUUCCUCAUAAUGCUUCAGACUGUUGCACGACGCCCUUUGCCCUCCUGUGGAUGGUUUACACUCGGACAGUCCGGAGAUAGAUGCCCAGAGUUUUAAAGCGGUAAGGACGCGCGCGCCGGAUGGAUGUUGCCGGGCUGAGCUCCAUCUUAUUUCCUCUUGAGUCCGCUGGAGGGGUCUGGCUGAUUCAACUAUGUCUGUGAAGAUCGUCCUCUGAACAUUUUCCACUGUUUUGGAGCUGUUCCACUUGAUCCAAAUGGGUUCACGCAGCCACCAAGGCUUCCUCCAUCACCACCAUCACCACCACCGCAGCUCCAUGGUGCCCACCACAGUGCCCCGGUUGCUACCUGAGAGUGGCAGCCUGCUGGGGGGCAUUGCCCAGAUCACACCAAACCUGUUCCUCAGCCGGGGCAAUGUGGCGUCUAACCGCAGCCUGCUCCUGUCCAAAGGCAUCACCUGUGUGGUCAACGCCACCAUUGAGCUGCCCAACUUCAACUGGCCUCACAUGGAGUAUGUGAAGGUGCCACUGGCUGACAUGCCUCACUCGCCAAUCUCUCUGUACUUCGACAGCGUGGCUGAUAAGAUCCACAGCGUCGGCCGUAAGAGGGGGGCUGUGCUGGUGCACUGUGCAGCCGGAGUGAGCCGCUCGGCCUCUCUGUGUUUGGCUUACCUCAUGAAAUACCACCGCGUGUCUCUGGCAGAAGCCCAUGCCUGGGUCAAAGCCCGCCGGCCUGUUAUACGGCCAAACGGGGGUUUCUGGAGACAGCUCAUUGAGUACGAGCGCAAACUAUUCGGCAGGAACUCAGUGAAGAUGGUCCAGACUCCCUAUGGGGUUAUCCCAGAUGUGUAUGAGAGGGACCGCAGGAGCCUGGCCCCCUACUGGGGCCUGUGAGUCAUGACAGUGACAUGUCAGAUUGGUGACAAGAGUUGAGUCUCUGUGAAGCUUCUGUAUGAAAGCAGAUCUUCAACUGAAUUCACCUGUACGAUUUGAAUCUGCCAGUUCCACCUGGAGGUGCGGGACAGUCCACAGGACCUAAGUGUGGAGGUGAAACAGGUGACCCCAGAGUUUGAAGAGAGACAUUUUGUGACUGCAGUUCUGUGGCUGACGUGCGUCAUGUGCGGUAUUGUACCUGUAUACGUGUGAAGAGCAGCUGCAUGCUCUGAAUCUAUGGUAGCAUAGUGUACAGAAAAAUAUAGAGAAAUUAUUUUAUGAAAAUAAGAUUAUAGCACAAAAAAUAUGUGAUUCUUCUGAAGCCUUUGAAAUUACGAGUGUAAUCUUGUUUGUUUUUGGAGGUUCCUGUACACCACAGGGAGAAAGCUUUCAUCUUUGACCACUGUUAUGGUGAGCUCUUUGAUGCUGUUGUACUCUUUCAAAGGCACCAGGAGUUUGUCAAUUAUUCACUGAACUACUGAGAUUUAAUGCAGUACAGGAGAUUACUCUGCUGCUAUACAUACAAAUUAGACAUGAAUACUGCUAUCAAUACACACUUUAUGUAAUUGUAAUGAUGUACUAAUAUACUGCGGAUCAACAAAUAGUUAUAUGUCAAUUGAUUAUGUGAGUUAACUUUACCAAACUUAGUUAGUUUAGAGUAUGCAGUGAUCAGCUCUACAAUUCAAAGUUGCUUUUUGCCAAAAACAAUCCUGUAUGUUAGGAUUAACCUAAUUGUAGCACCAUACAAUGCCCCAACAAAUAUAAAUAAAGCAAAUUGUAUAAUUGUAUUUUCCUCAGCGUGUCGAGGUGAACAGAAGAAAAUACGAGUAUAAAUUUCUUUUACCACAAAGACAGCAGGGCCAACACGGACGUACAGAAUUAAUGGGCCCUAAUUACAGGCUGCACACCAAUUUCCCACAGCAAACCUGCCCCCUCCCUCUCACCCUGCCCUUCAUCUGUGCUGAGUUAAUGUGGGUACAUAGCGGAGGCUCAGGGCAUCGUGAGCACUAAACGCAAACACAUCCUUCACCGGUAGCAGGAUAUUAUCAUUUGUCAUUAAUGUAGUUCAUGGUCCUGAACAGCAGAAACCAAGCAGAACCAACAGUGCUGAUGAAGCUAGACAAGGCAUAAGUGAGCAUCCAAUUUCUGCCCAUUUUGUCUAGAAGCACUAAUGGAUUGCAGUUUUACCUUUCAUUUUAAGUUAGAUUUUUCCACGCUCCAAAAGCAACUGGCAGACUUCGUUGUAAAUCUUAAUCUUGUGCAAAGACGAACAUCUGCGCUGGUAUUACAAACUACUAAAUCACCAUAGAGACAUGUCCAAUCCACAAUAUUCAGUAAGGCUGCCUGUCAUUUGAAUGAUGCUAAAUCCCAAAUUGUUGAUUUAACAUUAUGGCUAUUU